GUAUUCAUUAUUCAACAACCAAUACAGUGCCAUACAAACCAUGUAGUAUACUAAAAUACUUGGCUGCACAUGUACAGUUAGUGAGUUACACUAUAAAAAAAAUAUUAUGUACCAAAAUCCAAAUACAUAAACUUACAUUAAUUAACCAAAAAAACUUUUGAUGAUUAAAAUGUCAUGUAUGAUUUGUAUAAAUAUUCUUGCUUCAGUUUUUUUUUAUCGACUAUUGUUGCUUUAGUAAAAUACAUGUACAACUACUAUUAUCGUUUUGAUUUUAAUAUAAAAGAAAGAAUUCCUUUAUUUGCGUAUCAUUCUUCUAUAAAAGUAUAAAGUAUACAACACAUCAACCAAAAAAUAACAAAAGCCUCUCUUAACAACUUCUCCACCACCGCCGGAGAAAAAAAACCCACCACCAUACCAUGACCUCCAAAGACUGUGGCUCCCAUAGUCACUCUCGUCGGAAACUAAUCCGUCGCAUAAUAUGGUCAAUAAUCAUCAUCCUCUUCAUAAUCUUCCUCACAAUCCUCCUCAUUUGGGCAAUUCUCCAGCCUACAAAGCCACGUUUCAUCCUCCAAGACGCCACCGUCUACGCCUUCAACGUCUCCGGUAAUCCACCGAACCUCCUCACCUCCAACUUCCAAGUCACUCUCUCUUCCCGGAACCCUAACGACAAGAUCGGCGUUUACUACGACCGUCUCGAGGUAUACGCUGCUUACCAGAACCAGCAGAUCACUUACCGAACAUCGAUCCCUCCUACGUACCAAGGACACAAAGAAGUCAACAUCUGGUCGCCGUUUGUCUACGGAACCUCCGUCCCCAUCGCUCCUUUUAACGGCGUCAGUCUUGACGGCGAUCAAGAAAACGGCGUCAUUAGGUUGGAUAUUCGUGCUGACGGCAGAGUGAGGUGGAAGGUUGGGGCGUUUAUCACAGGGAAGUAUCAUCUUUAUGUGAGGUGUCAGGCGUUUAUUAACUUCGGUAAUAAAGCUGCUGCCGGAGUUAUUGUCGGAGAUAACGCCGUUAAGUAUACGUAUGCUCAGGGUUGUAGUGUUAGUGUCUAAAACUGCAACGGAGCGAAAGCAGGUAAGCAGAGGUCUCCGUUAGAUAUUAUAUAUGAUGUGAAUUGUACAUUUUGCUUAUACGAUGGCAAGUUAUUACAGAUCCGUGAUGUUGUUGUAACGAGUUAUGAGAAUUUAAAUAUGAAUACUUUUUACAAUUAAA